UUAACAGAGCUAUCUGAAAUUGAACCCAACGUCUUUCUUCGGCCUUUCCUGGAGGUAAUCCGUUCUGAAGACACUACAGGCCCCAUAACUGGAUUGGCCCUCACCUCUGUGAAUAAGUUCCUCUCGUAUGCACUAAUAGAUCCCAGCCAUGAGGGCACAGCGGAGGGGAUGGAGAACAUGGCAGAUGCUGUUACUCAUGCCCGAUUUGUUGGCACAGAUCAUGCGAGCGAUGAGGUUGUCUUGAUGAAAAUCCUACAGGUGUUGAGGACCUUGCUGCUCACGCCAGUUGGAGCCCACCUCACCAAUGAAUCUGUGUGUGAGAUCAUGCAGUCCUGUUUCCGCAUAUGCUUUGAAAUGAGGCUCAGUGAGUUAUUGAGAAAAUCUGCAGAGCACACUCUGGUCGACAUGGUGCAGCUGCUCUUCACAAGGUUGCCUCAGUUUAAAGAAGAGCCUAAAAGCUACAUGGGAACAAACAUAAGGAAGAUCUCUUCAUGUCUCCUCAACAAACUGGAGCUAAGUAGUGGGGAACAGCCCAAAGCACUGAAACAAUUAGAGAGGGUAUUGCUUUUUAAGAACCUGAAGUUGAAAAUGAGAGCUGGAGGAAUGAGUGAAUCAUCAAAAUGGAAAAAGCAGAAGAGAUCACCAAGGCCGCCUCGCCAUGUAACUAGGGUCUCUCCUGGGACAGAACAACCAGCAGCCAAUGCUAGUAACACUACAGCAAGUGGAGUUACUUCCAUAGAUACUCCUUCUCCCAGCUCUUCUGGGAGCUCAGAAAAUGUUUCAUCUGCGGUCAGCCCUGCUACAGACAGUGGUUUGGAGUUGUCCUCACACACUACCUUCAAGGAAGACCUGACAGACUUGGACCAAGUCACUUCUUUGGGACUUAAUAAUGAAAGUCUGAGGGAGGAGAAGAUCCAGUCAGCUUCUGUCGAGUCUAUCCCUGAGGUCCUAGAGGAAUGCACGUCUGUAGCAGAACAUUCUGACUCUGCCUCAGUUCAUGACAUGGACUAUGUAAAUCCUAGAGGUGUACGUUUUACUCAGUCUUCCCAAAAAGAAGGAGCAGCACUGGUCCCAUAUGGGCUACCAUGUAUUAGAGAACUGUUCCGCUUUCUUAUCUCACUCACCAACCCUCAUGACCGCCACAACUCUGAAGUGAUGAUCCACAUGGGGCUGCAGCUACUAACUGUUGCCCUGGAAUCAGCACCCAUUGCAAACUGCCAGUCCCUCUUGGGACUUGUGAAGGAGGAGUUGUGCCGGCACCUAUUUCAACUACUGAGUGUUGAACGGCUCAAUCUGUAUGCAACCUCCCUCAGGGUAUGCUUUCUUCUCUUUGAGAGCAUGAGAGAGCAUCUGAAAUUCCAGCUGGAGAUGUAUGUCAAGAAGCUGAUGGAAAUAAUCACUAUGGAAAACCCAAAGAUGCCCUAUGAAAUGAAGGAGAUGGCUUUAGAAGCCAUUGUUCAGCUGUGGAGGAUUCCCAGUUUCGUGACCGAGCUCUACAUUAACUAUGACUGUGACUACUACUGUGCCAACCUCUUCGAGGAGCUCACAAAGCUGCUCUCCAAGAAUGCCUUCCCAGUUUCUGGACAGCUGUAUACUGUCCAUUUGCUGUCUCUGGAAGCAUUGCUGACGGUGAUAGAUAGCACCGAGGCACAUUGCAGGGCCAAAGUGCUGAGUAACAUACAUCAAGAGAAGGAAGUUGUCAAAUCCAGCCCAGAAACCAUGAACAGCGCCAAAGAAACAAGCAAUAGUAAUGAGAGAGUACUCAGUGAGGGAAAAUCUUCCAGUGCAGUCUCAGAGCCAGCUGGGGCAUGUCCUCCCACCAGUGGGUGCCUUAUGGCUGACCAGAUGAAGGAGGGCUGCAUGGAAUUGGAAGGAGGAAGUGAGGCAGCUGAGAAGAGUAUCCCUAGGAAGCCUACUCGAUUCUCCUGUAUCCUUCCAAGCCCUCAGGAACUUAUGCAGAUUAAGAACAAAAAAAAGCUCCUGAUAACCGGCACAGAGCAGUUCAACCAAAAGCCAAAGAAAGGGAUACAGUUUCUACAGGACAAGAACCUUCUUGCCACCCCCAUUGACAACAAUGAGGUGGCCAGGUGGCUACGGGAAAAUCCUCGCCUGGACAAAAAGAUGAUUGGGGAAUUUGUGAGUGAUCGUAAGAACAUAGACUUGCUGGAAAGCUUUGUUGGGACUUUUAGCUUCCAAGGUUUAAGGCUGGAUGAAGCUUUACGACUUUACCUAGAGGCCUUCAGAUUACCAGGAGAGGCGCCCGUAAUACAGAGACUGUUGGAAGCCUUCACAGAACAUUGGAGGAAAUCAAAUGGGUCCCCAUUUGCUAAUAGUGACGCCUGCUUUGCCCUGGCCUAUGCAGUUAUUAUGUUGAACACUGACCAGCACAACCACAAUGUCCGCAAGCAGAACGUCCCAAUGACUCUGGAGGAGUUUCGGAAGAACCUGAAAGGUGUGAAUGGAGGCAAAGACUUUGAACAGGACAUAUUGGAAGACAUGUACCAUGCCAUAAAAAAUGAUGAGAUAGUGAUGCCAGAAGAACAGACGGGCCUGGUGAAGGAAAACUACAUCUGGAAUGUCCUUCUGCAUCGUGGUGCCACUGAUGAGGGAAUAUUUCUCCAUGUGCCUCCUGGAAGCUAUGACCAUGAUCUCUUCACCAUGACGUGGGGGCCAACCAUUGCAGCACUUUCUUAUGUUUUUGACAAGAGCUUAGAAGAAACAAUCAUCCAGAAGGCUAUCUCUGGUUUCAGGAAAUGUGCGAUGAUUUCUGCUCACUAUGGCCUUAGUGAUGUGUUUGACAAUCUCAUAAUUUCUCUCUGCAAGUUUACAGCCCUCAGCAGCGAG